AUGAGCAGCAACACUGCAGUUGAUUCCCCUGGAUUCCUUGGCUCAACCAACAUCAGUGGCUAUAGUUAUGGCAUAGGAAUCUCCAUUGGAAUUCUCUUGCUCAUCAUGGCCAUUACUCUAACUUCCUACUUCUGCACCAGAACAAAUGUCUCAUUUGCUCCAGCAACUAGGAGCAGGAGACUCGCCCCAAAUGUUCUUCAACCACAGCACUCUAUAGUUGAUGGAAGCUUAGAUGAAGCCACGAUUCGGAGUUAUCCAACCCUGCUGUACUCUGAAGCCAAGGUCCAGAAGUCUGAUUCCACUGCAACAUGUUGCUCCAUUUGUCUGACAGAUUACAAGUGUACUGAUAUGCUUCGCGUGCUACCAGAUUGUGGGCACCAAUUCCACCUCAAGUGCAUAGAUCCAUGGUUGAGAUUGCAUCCCACUUGUCCAGUUUGUAGAACAUCUCCAAUUCCAACGCCACUCUCAACUCCUCUGGCUGAAGUGGUUCCAUUGGCUAUCAGACAGGAUUCAUAG